AGUUUGCCAAAAUCCAGCUAACUCUGCCGGACAAGAUCGAUCCUGCAGAUGAAAUGUCCUGGCAGCAUUAUUUGUACUCUAAAUUAGGUCAGAAGAAGGACGCGAUGGAGCCCGUAAAGGCUCAACAGCUGGAGGAUGUCGUUGCUAGGAUCACCGACAUGGCCAAAGUCUUGUUUGGUUUACAUAUGAUAGAUCAUCCACAACAGCAGAGCAAGAGUCAGUACCGAUCAGUGGUGUCGAUCCAGCGUAAACGAGCGGUAAUCGCUUGCUUCCGCCAAACUUCCCUACAUUCCCUGCCCAG